ACACGAGAGAUGUCAUAUAGUUGAUUAGAAAGUCGAGUUCAGUGGGUGCAUGCUUCCAAGAUCAUAUCUUCCUCCUGUAGAUGAUGUUUCGAGCAGUAGGAUUUGGCACCCGAAGCCGAGAUUUGAAACCAUGGAUGAUUGCCCUUCUCGUUGUGUUAUUGCUGAUUGUGGUGGCAGUGACCAUUGGUCUUCUGGCUCACUUCUUAGUCUCUGGCCAGAAAACGGAGUAUUAUCAUGGUGUCUUUAAAAUUUUAGAUGUACGAACCAAUAGUGAUUCUGGACACAAUGGUGUAUACCAACUGAAGGACUUAAAAGAGAUAAGUGAAAACUUGGUGGAUGAGAUAUUUAUAGAUUCGGCCUUGAAUAAGCAUUAUAUCAAGAACCGAGUAGUCAGACUGACUCCAGAGGACGAUGGUGUGAAAGCAGAUAUCAUUAUGGUGUUCCAGUUCCCCUUUGCUGAGCAAAGGGCAGUAAGGAAGAAGAAAAUCCAUAACAUCCUAAACCAGAAGAUAAGGAACACAAGAGCCUUGUCAAUAAAUGCCUCAUCAGUGCAAGUUAAUGCAAUGAGCUCAUCAACAGGGAAGUUAACUGUCCAAGCAUGUUGUGGUAAACGGGUUGUUCCAUUAAUAGUCAACAGAAUAAUGUACGGAGACAUUGCGGCCAAGGCUGCCUGGCCGUGGCAAGCUUCCCUUCAGCGUGAUAACAUCCAUCAGUGUGGGGCCACCUUGAUUAGCAAUACGUGGCUCGUCACUGCAGCACACUGCUUUAAGAAGAAUAUAAAUCCACGUGAAUGGACUGUUAGCUUUGGAACAACAAUCAACCCUCCACUAAUGAAAAGAAAUAUCAAAAGAAUUAUUCUCCAUGAGAAGUAUCACUCCCCAGCAAGAGAGUACGACAUUGCUGUUGUGCAGUUUUCUCCCAGAGUCACCUUUACUGAUGACAUCCGCCGGGUUUGUUUGCCAGAAGCUUCUGCAUCCUUCCGACCAAAUUCAACUGUCUAUAUCACAGGAUUUGGAGCACUUUACUACGGUGGGGAAUCUCAAAAUGACCUUCGAGAAGCCAGACUCAAGAUGAUAAGUGAUGAUGUGUGCAAGCAACCAGAAGUAUAUGGCAGUGAUAUAAAGUUUGGGAUGUUUUGUGCUGGAUAUCUGGAAGGCAUGUACGAUGCCUGCAGGGGUGAUUCUGGGGGACCAUUAGUCAUAAAGGAUCUUAAAGAUACCUGGUAUCUCAUUGGAAUUGUGAGCUGGGGAGAUAACUGUGGUCAAAAGAACAAACCUGGAGUCUACACAAUGGUGACUUAUUACCGAAACUGGAUUGCUUCAAAAACAGGGCUCUAAAUCACUGUAAAAGUUCAACAUCGAGAGCUGUAUGCAGGCCACACAUGUAUGAGAACCCAAAUAUUCAGUGAGGUUCAAUGACUGGACCGAGCAACACAAAACAUAUGUCACUAUUUAUUUUAGAAUCACUCUAAUUAACCAAUAACCCAUAGCCAACUCAUAAAGAAUUUAAAUUUGUAAAGUCGUGGGUCAAUUUAGCCUGGCUUGAAAAAUACAUCAGAGCUACUCAGCUCUUAAAAUCACACAAGGUGGAGCAUAAAAGAGGAGCAAUGCAAUCUAUUGAGGAUAAUCCAUGAGCUUUGUCAGGGGUGUCGCCUUAAAUGAGUAAAUUUUUAAACACUCAGAGAGUUCAGGAAACUUUUAUAUAAUCUCCAGAACUCACAAAUACUUUUUUUUUCUUUUUUCUCAUUCUUCCAGGUUUUCCAAAGAGAUUUUCCACCAUAAGAAACUAAUUUUUUACUUAUAAACUCAUUGGAGGGGUCUUCAUAAAAGAAAGUUAUAUCUGGGAAACAAAGUUCUGUGACAAAUCAAGCCAGAGAUAUAACCUUUUUAUGUUGGUUCUAAUCUCCUUAUUUUGUGGUGAUUUUUCACACACACACACACACACACACACACACACACACACACACCUAUCCCUACCCUACAGAUAAACUCAGAGAAAGCCUGAUUAAUGAAUAAGUAUAUAUAUAUUAAUUAACUAAUCAAAAAUAUAUUUUUGUUAUAAGAAAUUUGGGGGAAUGUGAUAACUUUAUGAACAGUCCCAAAACAGUGGCACAACAUUUUGACAUUUCAUAGAUGCAUUUACAUGUUUGGACCAACAAGAGGUGACUGUAGAUUAUUAUUGUAAGGUUAAAUGCCUAGAAAAACAAUUAAAAAUUUGCUGAUACAUUAAAGAAUCAAAGAGCAUCGCUUUUCUAGAUAGAAAUCAAGUGUCUUUGUAUUGCUGCAGCCUAUUUUCCCCUAAAGCUUGUGGCAGUAGCCUGACCACUGCAACCAUGAAACCCUAGUUUUAAAAAUAUGUUUUAAAAUGAAUAUAAAUUUUGAAGACCUACCACACAGAACACGUGAACAAUGUCAUCUGAAAGAACAAACAUGCCCCCUAAAUAAAGUGCCUUGUGAAGACAUUGGGAAAGUCAGGCUCAUGUAUUCGAUGAUACAAUUGAAUGAAGGCUUUGUGGUAACUUACUCUGUGUGACAACACCAGCUAAACUUCAGCUGUGCAGUGUGGUGUCAUUUGUUCAUGUAGUGCAAAUAGAAGCCAAAGCAUUGGGAAAUUGAAUGACCUUACAAUAAUUUCCCCUCAUGUGCUAUUGAGAAGACAUGAAAAUAACCCUGAAAUAAUGGAAAGGAAAUUUACAGUUUACUCACCCCCCAAAAAAAAAUGAUCCACAACUUAGACUCACAAAAUUUUAAAAAUUAGAAAAGACUGUACAAGUCAUGCAGGCCAGCACACAUGUUUCAGAGAACGGAAGCCAGGAAGCGUAAAUGACUUGGUGAGGCCCAGAUAGCCUGUAUCCAGCGAGGGCCGCGAACCCAGGUACCAAUUUCACAUGCUCUUUACCUUGCAGAGCAUCUUUUUUAACAUCAGAUCUAUAAAAGUUUCAACAAGUGCUAUUAUUGAAUCUGUCUUAAAUUAGGAAACUCUUAAGAAAAUAAUCUUAAAUGAUGGAAUUCACUUAGGCAGCUGGCUGCCAAUUCUCUGAACUCACUUCAAGAUAAAGUUGCUUGUUCAUAGGCAAAAAUAUAUACAGAUAUAUA